AAAUUAAUGGAAAACUAAAACUUUCGGCGUUUGUACGGUCGUAAAGAAAUUUUUUCGAAAAGUUUGUUUUACGGAUUGUCAGGAAAUAGGGGAAGAGAGAAGAGGAGAGAGAGAGAGAAAGCAAUUCAUCGAAUGGAAAAGGCGUCGUCACUUCUCUUCGCCGGAACCCACUUCGACCGGAAGCGCUUCGGCUCCGACAUCGCCCGCUUCAAGCCGAAGGAGCCGCGGCCGCCGCCGCCGCCGCCGCCUCCGGAGGAUGCCAGAAAAGAAGAAGCAGAGCCGCCGGGGUCGCCGGAGAAGAAGGAGAAGAAGAGGAAGCGGAAGGACAAAUCCUCCGCUUCCGCGGAGAUCGUCGAGGGUUUCAACGUGUUCGGGUGCUCUGGAUCCGUUUCUUCUGUGAGAAACCCUAGAUCCGGGGAAGCGGAUGGCUCUAAUACUCAUAGGAAGGAACUGGCAAGGGAGAUCGAGAGAGCUUCGAUUCUGCGGAAGAAGCAUGGGAUUCAUAUUUCAGGUUAUAAUGUUCCUGCACCGCUUGAGAGUUUUGAAGAACUGAGUUCAAGGUUGGUUUUUGUUGUUCAUCACGUUAGCUGCAGUGUUGCUGAUUUACUAAUUUUGGAUAUUUGUGAUAUGUUUUGGAUUGAUAAUGUUUUUACUAGAUUCCAUAGGAGGAACAAGUGCAAUGCUGAUCUAAUACUAGUAGGGAUCUUUUGUUUUGCAUAAUAUUAUUGCAAAGAUUCUUUUAUAUGUAAGAAUUAAUGGUCUAUUUAUUCAAGAUAGUUAUUUUGCACUAUAUA